CUGUGGAAAAGCAAGAGAAAGAAGCCUUAUUGGAGUUUUGGCCGAGUGCAAGCCUUGCCUAUGGGGAUUUUUUUGUUGUUGUUUUUUUUGGUUCUUUUUCUUUUUCUGUAAUGCACCAAACAUUUGUAUAACCUUUGUUGUUUGUUUGGAGAUGUACCUCGAUGCCCCACAGUCGUCUUCUCUCGUGCUCUGGUCCUCAUUAAAGUAUUUCUCUCUCCUUGUCGCUCUCAUAAUGUUCACAUUUUAGCUCUUCAAAAGACAGAGAUGGAAAGACUACAAAAGAUGAAAAAGGAAGUGGCAGCAGCAGUACCAGCUUUUCUCGCAAUCUGUGGGUGAGCGGCCUGUCGUCCAACACCAAAGCAGCUGAUCUCAAGAACCUCUUUGGCAAAUAUGGAAAGGUUUUUAGUGCCAAAGUGGUCACCAAUGCUCGUAGCCCAGGAGCCAAGUGUUAUGGAUUAGUUACCAUGUCAUCCAGCGCAGAAGUGGCCAGGUGCAUCUCUCACCUGGACCGCACAGAACUCCAUGGACAACAGAUAUCUGUGGACAGGGUGAAAACUGACCCAUUUAAAAAGGACUUCUCAAAGAAAGAGGGAGAAGAGAAGACAAGUUCCAGUAAAAUUUCUGGAGAAAAGCGCACUCCAACUGGAGCAAAAACUUCCAGCAAGACACCAGUUUUAUCUAAGAAGGAAGAGAAAAAAUCAGACAAAUCAUCUGAGAAGGACAGCAAAGACGUCAAAAAACAGGACUCCAAAACCAACAAAUCUGAUGCACCUUCUUCCAAUUCAGGAGCCGACGCAGCAAAGAAAGAUGACAAGAAGCAUGGACGAAAGAGUCCAGGCAAUAUGAUGGUGAUCAACCAAGCUAAAGGAGAGCAAAACUUCAAUAAAUUUCGUCCUCCUUUCAGAAGGGGCGGGAGGUUUGAGAAGCCUGGUCCUCCCAACAUGAUGAACAGACGUCCCAGAGGGUUCAUACCACCUGAGGAGAUGGAGAAAGGCCGUCCCAUGCUUAACAAAGGUGGCAACAAAGACAUCCUGCCGUUUGAGAAGAUGAAGGAACAGAGGAUGCGUGAGCGCAUGGUCAGGAUGGAACACAUUCGCAGGGCUAUGGAACUGCGCAGACGGCGCGAGGUAGCAGAGCGAGAACGCCGGGAGAGGGAACGAAUCCGUAUUAUGCGUGAGCGUGAGGAAAGAGAGAACCUGAUGAGAGAGCGGCAAAGGCUGGAGGUGGAAAGGCAGAAACUCGAACGUGAGCGCAUGGAGAGAGAGAGACUGGAACGGGAGCGGAUCCGUAUAGAGCAGGAGCGACGUAAGGAAGCGGAGCGUUUAGCUCGUGAACGCGAGGAGCUAAGACGGCAGCAGGAGCAGUUGCGCUACGAGCAGGAGAAACGAAACAACUUAAAGAGGGGACGCGACGUUGACCAAAGGAGGGAAGACCCAUACUGGAAUAGUGGUAAAAAGAUGCAGACUGAGCCAGAGGGACGGAUCAGUCAAGGCGGAGAUUACAACAAUCGACAACAGAACCGCUUCAAUGAUUUCAACCCUAGAGACCGGAACCGAUACCAGCAGACAUCAGCUGUGCAAUCCAACAACUUUGAUAGACGCAAUCGCUUCGAUGGUGAACCUGAAUCAAAGAAGAAUCGACCUGCUCCCCGCCGUGAAGGUUCAGGGUUUGAGCGCUAUCCUAAAAACUUUGAAACCGUGCGGAGAGCAGAACCACCACCUCCACCUCGUGCAGAGCUGCGCGAUAGCGAUCGCCGAGAAAUCCGCGACCGUGAUGAGCGCAGACAGGUGUCCAUGCCUGAUCGACCAGCUGGUGGCAGAGCGCCGCCCCCCGCCAGUGCCCACUCCCGUACCCCCAGAGACGGCAGUCAUGCUGGCUGGAAGACUGAUGGGGGAAUGAAUACAAAACAGGGAGAUGUCAGGGCAGCGCGGAUGCAUCCAGAACGUCCUGGCAGAGAGGGUCCCAGACCUGCCAUGAGGGGGGUGUCCACAGCCAGCCGUGGCAGAGCCAGCUUCAACAGCCGAGAUGGUGGCAGACCUGUGGUCAUGGGAGACCAGCAGCACUUCAGCAGUGGCAGACAGGUGGUGGUGGAGCGGCAUGGACGCGAUCAGGGCCCCAGGAAAGACUGGCACGGGGCAGCAGGCUCACAAAGCGGAGGAUUCACAGAUAACCACCGAAUGGGGGACAGUCGACCUGGCAUGAUGGCACCACACUCCAGUCAUUCCUCUUCUGGUAUGAACAGAAUUGUGCAGAUCACUAAUGUUCCCAUGGCCGGCGGCAGCGGAGGAUUCAAGCCCUUCAAAGGAAGGUUCUAGCAUCUGACUCGCUGCAGUGGAAAACAUUUUUUUUUUUAAUUAAAUGUUUUUAAUUGGCUGAAUUUAUAGCCAUUAGAUUAUUGUAAAGAUUAAAUUUGGUUGAUUUUUGUUGUCUUUAUAAAAGGCUUUACAUGUAGGUUUUAGUUUCCUGAACUGUUCUCUGGUGACCUGUAAACAACCUUUGUGCACAUACAUGUUCUCUUGGCAUUCUAUAGGUGCAACUGUACAGCUUAUUUCUUAACCAGUGUUUGUUUAGAUAACCUUAACUUCAUGUUUCAGAUACUCUCAUAUGCUUUGGGCAGACUACUGCGUGUAGCACUGGACACAUCUGUAAUUCCGUUAACAUUUCAGUAUGUGGCUUUUUUUGAUGAUUCUACAACUUGAUAUUAAAUUGUGGAUUAUGACCAUC